CCUCAUUCUAGUCUGCCGUAUAACAAAAAUGCAGAUAUUACAAAGGAGACUGCAAGCUGAUAUGUUUUAAACGACUAAAAUGGCAAGUUGGAUGUCCGAAAAAGACGAAUAUUGGGAAGUUUUGAUGCAGUUGGUUCCAACUGUCGUGGAAAAAACUGGUUCAAUACCAAAUACAACACUUAAUCCGUCAAAGUCAACAUCAACUGAAUACGCCGAAGCCUUAAAGAAAUGUUUGCGAAAUAUAACUAUUACUUCAGCAUUUUCAAAAAAAGUGGGAUGUUCCUUUGACUAUGAAGUGUUAGAGGAACAGUCGCCAUGCAAAUACGUGCCUAUUCUUUGCAAGUUUUACAAAAAGUCUGAAUUUGAUAAAUUUGAGACAAAUUUUUAUAAUCAUUACGUUGCAAAAAGCCUUGAGAAUUAUCUUGUGUCUAUGGGCUUUCUUUUUGAACUGGGCAUAACCCCUGCAAAAUCAAACAAAGAAUUCAAAUUGGAAGUAGUCAUUGAAAGGAAAUACUUUACUCAAAAGCCGUUGAGUGCAUUGGAUAGUUCAAAGACAAGGGUUUCUAGAUUGGAAUCGGCAGAAAGGAUAGCUGAAGGAAUUGAAACCCAAAAGGUAUCAUUCAGGAUCUACAUUCCAGAAGAUACAAAAAGAAUUUUGAGAGUCACAAUGCUUAGCGAUCAAGAUAAGGAACUUAAUGGAGCAAAAUUAAAAAAUAUUUCUGGUACCAAUUUGUGGGAAGUUGAUGUAUUUAUUCCAUGCUGCAAAAGACAUGUUAAGUUCUCUUAUUGUAUUGUUUUUGAUUCGUCAGUACAGUUCAAUGUUUGGGUUCUAGGAAAGGUAAAAAUGUUCGAGAAAACCAAAGAAGUAAACACUAGCUCGUUUCAUGCCUCAGUAAAUUCAUCUUUGAAAAUUCAAACAGCAUCGUCUAAUGACAUAGAGGAAGGAUAUUAUUCUCAUUGCCUGUACAUUUUACAAUCUGCAGUGGAUGGAUAUGAACUAGAUUGUAUUACACAAAUAGAUGAACUUAAGGAUAUUUCACAUCAUUUGACUUUGAUGCAAAAGCAAGGCGUUCUCGAAAAAAUAGCUCAGACAUUACAAAAAAGUCCUUACAUGAAAAGAGCAAGCUUUGUUGGGUUUUUAUGCAUCAUGGCACAGAUGGAAAUACCGGAUUUGAAAAUAGAGAAAGUUUUGCCGAAUAAAUUUGCAGAAAAAGUGUUCCUUCAAUGUCUGUCUGUUACGUGCAUUCCAAAACCACUACAAGUUUUAUAUUUUGAGAUAAUGGCAAAAUUUUACAACCAUGCAUACCAAGAGAAUGCAAAUUUUUUGUCAUUUUGCAACCAUAUAUACUUUCAUUGUGGUCCAGAAAUUUGCAGCAAAAUGCUAUCUAAAUGGAAAUCAUUAGGAAAUGUUUCUACUUCCUUGCAUCCACAUGAUGGUGGACAUGCCAAACAUGUUUUAAAAUCCUUAGUUUGGAAAGUUUUCCAAAAUGCUGAACACUCUUAUGAAAAUUCAAAGGCAAUAAGAUUCAUAGAAAAACUUCAACGGUUCUUAUCCCUUGAACUCCAGAUUGAACUGUUAGAAGAAUUGAAGUCAAGUCCCAUAAGUUUGGAUAUACCAGUAGAAAUUUUGCGUUCAACAUGUGAAAGAAAAAUGCAUGAACUUUCCAAAAAAGGAGAGAUUGUUAACAUCAUAACUGAGUGGAAUAAAAUGCUAUCUUGUGAUGUACUCUCAACAGAUAAACUCCGUGAAACAGUUAAAAAGUGUCUGAUUGAAAGUUUUGAUAAGGCAAUCGACUCUCAGUUACAUGAUGCAUGUAGUUUACUUCAAGACAUGUGCGUUAACAAUACUCUUUUAAAUGACACUGGUUCUAAAAUUCAACUAAUGAAAAAAUUCGCCACCUCUAUGAAUGAAGGUAUUCAUAUGUUAGUGGCAGUUUGUUUGAGAGAAAAAGGUUUUAUGGAAAUCCCAAUUGAUGAAGUGGAAUGUAUCGUACUUAACUGGUUUGAUCAUGCAUCAAAGCAUCAUUGUGGAAACAUAUUUGAAAGAACAAAGCUUUCGGAUUCUCUGCUGAAACUGUAUUCAUAUGUUGGAGAAAUUUUAUCGAACUCAUCGCUUAGUUUACAUGCAGGUCUGACGAGGAAGCUAGAUAGGAAAGCAUUUGACUACUUGAAAGGAGUUGACAUCGUCGAUUUAGUCAAAAUUGUACCAAAAAUGGAGAUAUUGGAAGACGAACAUUUAGAAGACAUGCUAAAAAAUCACAUAAACGAACUGUUUAAGGAAGGAAUAAAAAAUGGAGACUUGAGUAAACAAGAUUUGUUUGGACAUAUUAAAACAAGUGAAGUGAAUUCUAGACUUACUCUAUACUUUUUUUCGACGCUUGUUGAAUGUUCAGGAUUAAGGGAGAAGAUGGAGUUGGAGGAGUCAUUAGAUGUUAUCCUAAGUACUCACGAUUUGUGGAAAUGCGUAUUGACCGCAACCGGUAAAAAACGAGACGAAUUAUGGGAAGAGACACUUGUUAUUAAAGCUAAGAAAACCAUCCUAGACCUUAAGCAAGCAAUUGAAAACAAAACAAUUAAGUUAAGAUUAUUUAUGAAUCUUCAAGGAAAGAAAGAUUUGUGCCUAGAAAUGUUUACUUAUGUUCAGCAAAAUAAGUUUGAAGAAACAACAAACGAAUGGCUACAAAUGAUUGAUGAAAUGCAAUCUAUUUCACAGAAUAUGAGAAUAACAAUUGAUAUGUUUGAAAUUGCAAAACAGAAAGCUGGUAUGCAAACACUAGACAUUGAUUGUGUAGAAUUCUGCUUGAAGUUUUUGCAAGAGACAAAUCAAAAAUUGAUUGAUGGAGAUUUCGCUAUUACAGAAACUAAAGAUCUCGUCAGAUAUAGUAGUAAGUUGCAAGAAAUGUGGGACUUUUCUAGAAAUGUUGAAGAAGUUGUCAAAUCAGAAGUAUUUUGGAAUAUAUCUUCACAGUUUGUAUUUGAUUUUGACAGCGUAGCAGAAUUUCAAGAAGAUGAUGAUACGUUCAUUGGUAUUGCUUUACUUUUUGAAGAAAAUGAGGCAGAAUCAGAUGAUCCGACAGCAAAUAGUCUCUAUAUCGGUUGCUCUUUUUUGAGACAUUUGUCUGUUACAGUAUAUACAAAGUAUAAAGACUUUUGGUUUCCACUUCUUUCAGGGAAAGAUGUUCAUAUGUCAACAUUGCAGAAAAAUUUAGAAAACGCCAAUAUCAUGCAAGAGUUGAACAUUGCUAAAAAAAUAUGUCGAUGUACAGCAAAUGCAGAAGUUCUUAAAGCUUUAAAGAUGUAUAAUGAAUUUGAAGAACAAAGCGAAAAAGUUGUUUUGAUGAAAACUGUUUUAAACGCUUUUGGGGUAGAUGUGAAGAAAGAUGACAGUUUUCAAAGAGCAUUAUCGGAGUAUGAAAAGUUGUUAGAUGGAGACAUUGAAGACAUGACAUUAUUUCACAUUGGCUCAUCAUUAUUAUUAGUGGGAAACGUUGUUAACAUUGUUGAUAGCAAUAUGGUGGCCAUAUUACAUGAACUGCAAAAAGCAUCUAUGCUGAUUAAGUUUUUAAAGACAGUUGUUGAUGAAGAUAUAAGAAACUUAAUUGAUGCUGUAGAAGAACAUUCCGAACAAUACGUGAGAGAGUCGACUGUGUCCGAUCUUAUAGAAGUAAAACGAUUUCUUCAUCCUCUAUUGAAACACACAUAUGAUGACAACAUUCAAAACUUUUUUACAGCAAUGAAUAGAUCAAAGGAAAAAAGUGGUAUUAAGAGAGUUGAGCAAAAAAUUCAUGAAUGCGCAAGUAAUUUACACAGUUUAAAGGCUUUGUACAAUCAUGUUGCAAAUAGAGGUGAACAUACGAAGGAAAUAAUUGAAAAUAUUGUCAAACGAGGUGUUUUUCAUUUCAGUUUAAAAGAAAAAGAAUGCGACGUUGAAGUUGAAUAUAAACAAGACAAAAAAGUCCACGCAUACUCAAAGAGCUAUCUUAAUGAUUUAAGAAGCAGAGCCUUGUUAAUUUUGAAUACGGAGGAAAAGCAACCAGAGAAACUCCUCAACUCCCAGAAUAAAAAAGAACACCUUUCACCAUUUAUCAAAAUGGUUGAUACAGCUUUAGAUAUUGGGCAUAUGUGUGUUCUUUUAAAAGGGGCUGGUCAUUUUCAGUACGUAAAAUUUGAACAGAGGAAAAAAAAAGAUACAUUACAAGAUCUUUUUAUGGAACUAAAAUCUAAAUAUGAGGAUUGGUGCAAAGUGUUAAGUGAUUGCCGCAAACGUUUUUAUUUAAUGAAUUACAUUCAUUCAGAUCAAUUACAAUUGUUGUACAACUUCACAAAAUAUGGAAUCUUCAAAGAUUCUGUCAUAACCAUAUUGAAGUUUAUCAAUCCUGCUUUGAAAGACAUGGAAAGCAUUUUAAACAACUUAAGACAAAAACACGAAGACGGCUGCCCGGAAAAAAAUCUGGAAGCAUUGGGUCAAACAUUAGAAAACAUUGGAAAAGGUUUACUAUCGACUUCGGAAAUGAUGUUUGACAGAAAACCAAGUAGCAGACUUACCGACAUAGUACAAGCUGGACAGAUUUAUGUCACGGCAUUGGAACCAGACAGCCAAUUGGUUGUCAGGACAGUACUAGCUUUGCACUGGCACACAACCUAUAAAAUACCGUUUGCACACAACAUUCUUUUGUGUAAUAGAAAUACAAGUCAGGAUGAGAUUACAUUGCUUUUAAAUAGAUGUCUAGGAUGUGACAAUGCACAACUUUUCUCAAUUGCAAAUAUUGAAAUGUUAGCUCACGAUACUCAGGACUUUUUAGUAGAAAGUUUACAGAAUUUUCAAAGUAACCAUUUGUUUCAUCUUGCGUUGCUGUUUAGGGGAGACAGUCAUCAUCCUUUUCUUGAGAAGUUUGCCGAUCUACUGAUGCGACCAAAACCCAUUACAGAAAAUGAAUUGCAGGAAUUCUUGAAUAAAAAAUAUCCAAAUGUGUUAACGGUGACCUCGGAAGUACCCGGUCUAGGCAAGAGCGAAGAAAUACAAAGACUGGCAUUGAAGAAAGAUAAAGGCAAAGUAACUCUGCACAUAAGUGGAAUAUUCAAUAGAGAAAACAUCAUAGAGGAAUUGACAAACUUAGAAAUUAAAUCUUAUCAUGUUCUGCAUAUAGAUAUAGGGCCAGUAGAUGAACCAUUUCAGCUUGAUGCAUUUUUAUUUGAAUUGAUCGUUUUGAAGCACGUUUCGGCAAGAAAAUUUGCGUUUCAUUUGCAAACAGACUACAUUUGCGUGGAAAUUGCUAAUUCUAUUAAUCAGGAAUUAAGUAAUUCAUUGCCAACUGUGACCAGUUUUAGAAGAAAACAUCUUGUGUGGAACAACUACAAUGACAUGUUUAUAAGUCAAGAAAUUAACAGUUCUGUUCAGGUAGUCUGCCACUACCUUAAACUCAAGGAUUCGGGACUGUUAGACCAAUCAGAUAUCUAUUUUACUGGUGAGGCAAAAGUUGGUCCAUUAUCUCCAUCCGUGUGUAGGAACCUUUUGCAGAAACAUUUUUCAGCAUCAAGUGACAUGUCUUUUUCCAUCGUGAACAUUUUUCUUGGAGUUCUGGCAGAUCAACUAAAAAAAUUAUCGUCCAGUGUGUUUUUUAGAAUGUCAAAUAUUCAGCAUAAGUAUGUCAAAAGUGAGCUUGUAACUGCUUUGGAAAAAAUGUCAAUAGAUUUCUCAUCAAGAUCUAUAAAUGCAUGUAGAUCAGCACAAGCUACUUCAAUGGGUUAUGUUAAUUCCCCACAAAAUGCUGAACAUGACUUUUCCUUAACCUCGGCAGAGGUUUUAGCCAAAAGAACAGAGGGCAUGAUUAGAUGGGAAGAUAGUAAUCACUUAAUGGUAUUAUUUCAUUAUGAUCUUCAGACAGUUUCUGCAUUGUACAGAAAUAAAAAUAAAGUUCCACAACAGAUCGCUAAUCUGUUUGAAAGUCAGUUAAAGAAAGAACUGGACAAUUUUGCUGAAAAAAAUCAGGAAGAAUUGAUAUCAAUUUUAUUAAAACUAGUUCAACACCCUUCCAAAAUGAAUGCAGAUAUAUUGAAUGAAAUGUCGAAACGAUAUGCAUUGACAUCAGACAAUUUGUUGAAAAUGGUCCUGAUUGUUUUGAGAAUACAAGGCCGCCAGCCUAUCAUAAUCAUGGGGGAGACUGGCUGUGGGAAGACUUCUCUGAUAAGAUUUCUCUCAAAGAUUUGCCAGAUUGAUUUUGAAAUAUUGAGUAUACAUGCAGGUGUUACAGAAGAAGUUAUUUUAAGAAGAAUCGAUGAGUGUGAUACAAAAGCAAAGAAAAACUUUUGCAGAGGCGUGUGGUUAUUUUUAGAUGAAAUAAAUACUUGUGAUCAUUUGGGACUGAUAAGUGAUGUAAUUUGCCAUCACCAAUGUAAAGGAAAACAGUUGGCCCCAAAUCUAAACAUUCUAGCUGCAUGUAACCCAUAUAGACUUCGUUCUGACAAAACACUUUUAACUACGGGGCUUCAGGGGAAAAUCAAAACUGACCAUCUUUCAAAAUUAGUGUAUAGAGUGCUUCCGCUUCCAGAAACAAUGAUUGAUUUUGUCUGGGAUUACGGUAGCCUACAGAAGCAAGAUGAGAAAUCUUAUAUAGAAAGAAUGGUACAAGACGUGUUUCCAAAAAAAAGGUUUGUUGAACUGUUUGUUUCUUUACUUAUCAUGUCCCAACAAUUUGUAAAGGAUGAAGAGGGCAGUGAUUGUUGUGUAAGCCUCAGAGAUGUCGAAAGAUGUAGAAGACUUGUGAAAUGGUUCAUAAAUACUCUAAAGAAGAAGGACAUGAACCAAAUCUACAAAACAAAUAAAGUUGAAUGCGAUGCAAUAAUACUUGCUUUAGGAAUAUGCUAUCAUAGUCGUUUUGCCAAUAAUGAGGUUCGGAAACGUUAUAGAGAGAAAAUUGCGAAAUGUUGCAGAACAAUGUCAGAACUUCGAUUGAAUGGAGAAAAAGACAUUGAAAAUAUUAUAAUUGAACAACAAGAUGAUAUUUUAAACAGAAUGGAACUUCCAUUAGGCACUGCCAAAAAUACAGCUCUAAGAGAAAAUGUAUUUGUUAUUUUGGUUUGCAUAUUGAAUCGUAUUCCUGUAUUUGUUGUUGGUAAACCUGGAUGUAGCAAGUCUCUGUCAAUGCAACUUAUUAGAAGUAAUCUCAGAGGAAAAGAUUCAUCUGAUUCGUUCUUCAGGUCAUUACCACAAUUGUAUUGUGUGUCUUUUCAGGGUUCUGAGUCAUCAACAUCUGAUGGAAUUAUCAAAGUUUUUGAAAAAGCACAGAAUUAUCAAGAUCACAAUCAAUCUGAAGAUGUUUUAUCAGUUGUUAUCCUUGAUGAAAUUGGUCUUGCUGAAAUUUCUCGUUUUAAUCCAUUAAAAGUUCUUCACAAUCUUUUGGAACCAGAAAACCAAGUAACACCAAAUGUUUCUGUUGUUGGAAUUUCAAAUUGGGCUCUUGAUUCAGCCAAAAUGAAUAGAGCUAUUCAUCUUUCAAGACCAGAGAUGGAUGAAAAGGAAUUGUAUGACACUGCUUUAUCAAUAACUGAAUCUUUGAUGGGUGAAUCUUGCACAUUACAGGCAAUAAGGUUUUCAGUUAAAAAAAGAGCUAAAGCUGGAAAAGUGACAGAAGAAACAAAAAAGCUAUUACAAAGUCUUGCUCAUGCAUAUUGGAUGUACAACAAAAAUCAGAAGUACAAAAAUUUCCACGGCCUUAGAGAUUUUUAUUCUCUUACAAAAUACAUUGGUAAAGGUAUACUUCUUGACAAACAAAUCGAGCAAAGUGAUGAUGUUAUUUUACGUGGUCUUCUAAGAAAUCUCGGAGGACUUUCAACAGAACUAAGAAAAUCAAUGUUAUUAGAUUUUCGACAGUGCCUUUACAGAAACCAGCAUAUUGAUAUUGGUGUAUUAGAUCUAAUACAAGACAAUUUGAAAGACCGUCAAAGCAGACAUCUUAUGUUGAUAACAAAUGGCGAUGCUGUUUUAAGUGUCCUUGAAGACGCAGUGAAAGAAAUGAAUCGUCAGCAUGUUGUCAUCUUCGGUAGUCAGUUUGAAGAGGAUCUGACAGAUGAAUAUAAUUAUCGCAUUCUGAGUCGAAUUAUUUUGUGUAUGGAACAGGGAUUAGUAUUGAUAUUAAAAGAUUUGGAAAAUAUUUACGGAAGCCUGUAUGACAUGCUAAACCAAAACUACACAGUGGUUGGGAGUAAGAAAAACUGUCGAGUGGCUCUUGGUCCGUACAGCAACCCAAUGUGCCAUGUUCAUGAGGAUUUCAAAUGCAUUGUCCUGGUAGAAGAAUCAAGACUUGAUUAUUCUGAUCCGCCUUUUCUGAAUAGGUUUGAAAAGCAGCAGUUUAGAUUUGAAGAUAUGAUGAAUGCUAAAACGAUUGAUAUCAGAGAUAGUCUUGUUAGAUUUACUAAUGAUUUUUGCACAAUUAAUGGUUAUUCGUAUAAACCUGAAAAUGUAUUUGCCCUCGCAGGAGAAAACCUUAUUUCAUCUCUUGUAUUGAAGGUGCAAAAAGAAGUCAGUAAUGAAGAGCAAAUAAUCCAAAAAUGUCAAAAUCAAUUAUUAUGGAUAACGGCACCAGAAGCAAUGGUAAGAAUAAGAGAUACAGUACUUUGGGGAAAACAACCACAUACAGUUAAUAAGCUUGAAAAAGAGUUUUACAGUUUACCAAUUCACGAUGGGUUACUAAAACUUUUAGACUUUUUGAAUUCAAAAACUUGUCUUGAAAUGGAAAGUUUUAGAGAACCGCACUCGCCGCACUCGAACACAUCAUUUGCGGUUGUGUUUACACAUGAUUACGAACUACAAUCUUUGCAUGCCCCAUGUAGCAGCAUCAAAUUUGAAAGGCUUAGAAACUUUAAAUCAGAGAAACAACUUAAUCAAAAUAUACAAGAAUUUUUUGACUCUGAUUUAAAUCAAUUUCUUCUUCAUUGUGAUGCCACUGAAGACGCUGAACAUAUUCUUCUUGCAAAAUCUAUCAUAGAAAACUGCAGCAGAGGUGCCAAAAAAAUAAUGGAGCCAAAAAGUGUUUGCAUGAUAUGUCACAUAGAUAGACAGGAUUUUAAACAAGAACGAGUUACGCAAAUAAAUUUUUUAUCUGGUUGGAAUCUUGCAAUGCUCGAUAAUUUAAGUUUACCAAAAACACCACUACCCAAACUCAUAAGUUUUGGUAUUGAAGAUAUAUUCAAAACAAGAAGACCACUGACGGAAACAAUUCGGAACCACAUUUUUUGGGCAUUUACUACCAUCCAGUAUGUUGUAACAGGUCAUACUGCAGAAAAAAUGAUGAAAAUGUUGUGCAAUCUCAAGGAAGCAGACCAUUGUUUGUCUGCAAUCGAAGAAUUGGUCUUUUUAAAUAUAAUAUCUCCCAAAGCAAUUAAAGAAAACUGGCAGAGGCACGUUGCGUUUAACGAACAUGCUCUGGUGAAAGCGUCCUCCUAUAUGAAUGCCUUGGAACAGUACUUGUUGGACCAAAUAAAAAAUCCUUUGUGUAAAAUUGUAUUGAAACUAGAAGAAGCUAAUGCAUUUGAUUGUGUGUUUGUCAAAGAUAAUUGCCAGGAAAAAAGGAUUGCAUUGUGGAAAAAACUUAUCAAAAUGGAUAGUUUAGUGGAUAUAACAGAUAUUCCAAAUCCACUAGGGCCAGAGUCCUACACUUGCAGCUCUGAAAGAGUGUGUAUGAAAUUUCCAUUCAGUUAUGUUGUGAUAUGCAGAGUUGAAACAUUUAAAGAUGAUUUUUUAAACACAAUCAGGCAGCUCAAAACUAUGUGUGACAUCGCUGAAGAUGAUGAAAUUCCAUCAAGUGUAUUGUCAGAUCUUGUCGGAAAAUACAAUGACAUUGUGGAACAAAAUUUAAUAGAAAUCAAAGAUGAAGAUUAUCCGGAAAAGUUUAUUGAAUAUCAACACGAUUUUUACCUUAUGAUGUCUUCACAUGAAACAGGAGUUCUUGAUGAAGAAGAAAGGGUUCAACUCAUGAAGUUGACGGAAAGACUUUUUGAUUCAGGAGAGUCUCAUGAUGGCUUUUCAUUGCAAGUUACCAAUCUUCAUGUUUUGUAUUGGCUCCAUAGCGGAGUUUUCAAUUCUGUUAUUAAAGUCAUGGAUGUCGUGAAAAAAUAUACAGAUGUUUCAAUGGAGAGUUUUUUUCCUGAAAAAUACAAAAAUAGCGAUUUUGAGGAAAAUGAGGAGAGGGAUAUAUUCGUAGACAGAUUGUGCAGGAUUUUUCUACCAACUCCGAACUUCAUGAUUCAAUUACAAUCAGUGCAAAAUUGGCAAUAUUUAGUCGGUGGUAUAUUGCCCUUUUUUGCUGAAAUAUCACUUAAUUGUCCAUCAAUACACAAUCUACGAUUCUGUAAUGAUGUAGCACAAACUUUGCAAACUUUGAACAACGAAGCUGCUGUACAUAUUUUAUCAACGUUUGGAGAUACUUUAAGUAAUGGCUUGGACCUCGAAUGCAGAGAAAUGUUUGAAUUUGUAAUGACUCAGGUUAACGUAUUAGUAAAGGAAAAGAACGUAGGGGUUGAAAGCAUUCAACGUUUGCUUUGUCAGUAUCUUUCAAGAAGUAUUUCCUUAAAUCAAGAACAAAAUGCAACAUUGACUUUUUUUUUGGAAACAAUAUCUCUCGAUUCAGUAGUAGACAAAAAUUUAAAUUUCUUUGGGCCCGUUCUUGAAAUCGUUGUUGACACAGAAAAUGAAAAUGAAGUUCUAUUUGAUUUAAUUGAUAUGAACUUAGAGGAGCUUGAUCAUGGAGGGUACUUGUAUUCCAUAAACCAAUGCAUACGAUGCAAAAAUCAAGAUUCAGAUUCAAUAAUAUCUUCGCUCAUGGUUACAACGUUACAAAAUAUUUAUCGAGAGAAAGUUAAUCCAACAGUCUUGGAGAGCACUGAAGGAAAUUCUCAUCAAAUAUUUAAGUUGGCAUUCAGGGCUUCUACUGUAUUGCAAAAACACACGGCAUGUUCCCUCAAUCUUGUUGCAUCCAUUGCAUUUCUACGGGCUUUAAUAGAUGCAUUUGUUAUAUUACUAGAAAAAAAUAAAAUGAAUGCAGCUGCCAUUCCAAUUAUCACAGACACUAUUAAUGCAUUGAUGGAAACAGGUGAUGAAGAAAACGAAUUUGGAGAUCAACGAACUGAGUGUCUCCUGGUGUAUUUCUUAAAAUGUUUAUCAUCAAUAAUAGAUGGUUAUGAUCUCAGAAAAAAAUUAGUUAUCUUAGAAAAAAAAUUGCCGGCGUUGAAAGCACUAGAUUGGGAUGACGUACAUCUCGCCAGGAGUCUGACGUUUGAUCCAAUGUUCAUGUAUAGAGCGAGUGAUGAGCCUUUGUCAAUAAUAGAAAAAGCAGACAGGAAGAGUUUACAAGAAAUAAUUGAACAGGCAACAGCCGACAGUCAAAACAUGUUGUCCCUGGCUGGAUGCAUUGCAAACUGUUUUUACUUUAAGAGUCAGCAGAAAGAACUGAAUGACAACCAAAAAGCAGUUAGUGAAUACAUCGUUAAAAUGAUGCAAACAAACGUUCCAAAUAUCCAACUAAGAGUUGUUAAAGUUUUAUCAAGGAACGCAGAUUUUGCUCAUCCAAUGUUCAAUAUUGACACUGAGACAAAAUCACCAGACAUUCAAAUUGUUUCUGUAUUGAUCCAUUUAUUAUGCUUAAUUAUUUACAAAGGAGAAACUGGAAACUGUUGGUAUGAUAUUCUCACUGAUUUCAACAAAAUUCAAUCUAAGUAUUUACCUGGAAGUUCCUCUGAACAGAGCAAACAACAUUGCAUUGAUAUACAUUUUUGCAAUCAUUGUAAUAUCAGAUUUGUUUGCACGAAGUCGAUGUGUCCAAAAUGCCAUAGGGAGUGUCAAUCCCAUUUUGUUUGCCAGAAAGAUACAAGCACUUGUAGAAACUUAGGAUAUGAAAAACCUGCUUUGCAGUUAAUAACAAUAACUAAUAUCCUUUCACCAGUUACUUGUCAUUUAUUGCAAUUUUUUAUACAUGGAUGUGUCUUGUUAUCACACGCCGUCAAAGAAGAUGAUGCUGGUCAACUAAAGACCCUGCUUUGUGUUGAACAAUAUCCUGAGGAUUACUUAGUUGAGAUUUUGAAAAUGAAGUGGAAGUAUUUAAAAACUCUAACUCAGAUGGAUAAUGAGGAUCUAUGUACCCUAAUUCAUGUAGUGAUUCAUGAUAUGGAAACUGUUUUUACACUAAGUAAACCCCCUUUUCAUUGUAAAACAGAAACGGAAUGUGAGCAGGUCGAAAAAGAUUUUCAGUCACAUCUUGAAAAUACUAUUCUGGAAAAAUACUUACGUAUUGGAAAAGCUCGAAUAUCAUUAAACGAAAGAUUUGGAAUAACUCCACAUUCUUUGGAAAGCCAGAUCCAGGAACUGUGUAUAAUUAAAGAAGUUCACGAGAGAGAACUUAUGCUACCUAGACUAUUUCGUAUGACAAAUUCUGCAUCAAACCAUGGGCUUCUAGCACAAGUGUUUCUGGGAAAUAAUCAUGUCAAAUACCCCCUUUUAAGUUUGAUUUUGACAAAGCAUGAUAUCCUCGCACUUCCAAAAUAUAUAUUACCAAUAUUACGUUGGCAUCAUUCAACAGUAUCGAUUGGAAGUUACAAGAUGAAAAAAGUGGACUGUAAAGAAGAAACAAUAGAGAGUUUUUUAAGAAAGGAAAGUGAUGAGAAAAGGAGACGUCUUCUGAUAAAACGCUUCGAGGAAUUCAAAACUUCAUGGAAUGAGUUGCAAAAGAAUCAAACUCAUUUAUUUAAAUCCCAGUUAAAAGAGGCAAAUACUCUAUCUACCAACAGCAAAGUCAUCAAAUGCAUUAUUACAGACGACGAUUCUAUAAUACAGAAAGUAUUAAAAGAACUUGUACAAGUUCAAAACUAUUUCAUUGACUCUUGUUUACAAUUUGCAUCACGUUCAAAUGUCCCAUCACUUUACUUUUUAAUGACGAGUGAACAAUUGUCUCAGGUGAAAUCAACUUCUUUGUGGGAAUUGACUUCAAAAGACAUAAUAGAAUUUAAUUCACUUAAUAAAGAUAUCCUUCAGUAUUCACAGUGCAAGCCGGACAUUGGAGAAGGACAAGACAGGUGUUAUGAUCUGCAGAAAAUAGAAAAUGAGUUAGCGCAUGAUCUUAUUUUGGAAAAACCGUAUAUUUCUAUGACACACACUUUUCCAAGAAUAUUAUUUGUGGACGAACUGUUCCAAAAUACAACACAGCUGCUGGAAAACAUAAGAAGAAGUAUUCAUCAAGAAAGGUUACCUCAAAUCAUUUUAAAUAGCAUUGAAAAAAUAAAAGAAAUUGGUAGUUCCCAAAUAGUUGAGCUUAUGACAGUUCUUGGAAUGUCACUAUCUCUUUUAAAAAAGACGACAGGUGAUCCUAGUUUACCACUGACAGAGUACCUUGAAGGUUGGAAAAACAUAGCUAUUUUUCCAGUGGGAUAUAAACGUCUUUUACCAGAACAAGAAGAUGUGGUGAAGUUAUGCCAUGUUGUAAAUAUGUACGUAAAACUCGAAGAAUUAAACGGAGAAUCAAUUCUAGAUACACUUGAUUUAAAAUACAAAGACGAUCUGCCCCCUGAGGGGAAAGGAAAACUUGAAACCGUAGGAGGUAGCUACGUAGGUCAUCUCGAAGUGUUGGCAGAAGCAUUAAAGGUUUUUAUUCACAGAUGUCUAGCAGUACAAGAUAACACAGUUUCUGUUGAUCAGCAGCUGAUUGAUUACAUAAAAGAUGAACAGUUUUGGCCCCAAGGAAAUUUAGAAGAUGGCCAGGUGUCUGUAGGAACACAUAAGAUGAAACUUACAGAAAUUGUCUGCUGUUCGCUGUGUGUAAAACAUAUUUACAAUACAAUUAACUUUAUUCAGGAUUUUAUUAAGGAAAAGCAAGAAAUGAAUCAAAACCUAUCUUCAAUUGCGGCUUCAUUUCAUGCUGCUAAAGAUCCUAGCACGUCAGCUUCAAAAAAGAAGAAUAUCAGAAAAAAAUUUGGAAAGACUUAGUUGCACUGUGUUCUUAUUUUGUCCAGUUGAUGUUCACGCGAAGGAACUUAACGACAGGUAAAAAACAUUGAUGAAGUUUGGGACAAGCUAUGCAAGAUUAAUUCUUAUUCAGGAGUAUGAUGAUUCUAUUUUCCAGUGUGAUAUAUUGAGUGUUAAAUGAAAGCAUUUGUAAAUAUUUGCAAAGAGUGCUAUUAGCAUAAAUAUGUAACUAUAAAUCACAGAGUAAUUAACAUAUAUUGCACUGGGGUUGUAGCAUUAGAAAAAUGUGUUUUUGGUGUUUUCUUUCUCUUUUUCUUUAUGAUUCAGGAUGCAAUAGUUUUAAAAAUGUUUGCAAUGCAUUUCUCUGAUGCCUUGUACAUGACUAAUUGCCUCAUAUGAGAACACGUUGAAAAUGACAAUUUUUAGUGCACACAUCAUGUAUAUAUACAUGUACACAAAGAGUAGAAUACUUCCAUUUGAUUUUUUUUUGCCUCGUCGUAUUGCGUGGUUCUUAGGUAUCUGGGUGAGUUGUAAAUCCAGAAAACGGAAUUCACUGCACUUUCAUAUUUUAUGAUGUAUCGAGAAGCUUAUUUUGCUAUAGAGGUUAUUGUGAAAUGAACGGUUAUUAAAAACCGUUAUUUUACAUGACAUGUUGCAUUAACUGUGAAUGAAAGGUCAAUAUAUAAACCUUUUAUAUUGAUAUAUAUGUAAUGCACAGUUAAUAACAAUUACAACAAUGCAAAUGAUUGCUUUAUUGUGAAGAUUGUUUAUGUGCAUAGUUAUAUUAUUUACUUGAUUAAAAUGGAGUGUAAAUAAAAAAACCAGUUACAAACUUUCCUUUUUGGCGUAACUGUUUGUAAAUAUAAUAAGUAUACAAGGAAUUCCAAUUGCAUUAUUGAUUUUUCAUGCUAAUAAAAUGAAUAUAUAUUAUAUUAUCAUUAUACGUCAUUAUAAAUGAUGCAUUUUUCUUGCACGGAAUAUGAUUUUUUAAAAAUAAAACGUAAAAGAUCAUGUAAAAAUACUUAUGAAAUAUCGUUUUCCAUAAAAAGUAAUAAUUUUAAUUUGUUUCAGAAGUUGCAAUAUUAAAAACGUCUAAGUAGUGUAUUACUAUUGUUGUCUACACACGUUAUAAAUGUAAUCGAUACUUUAUUUAAACUUAAAUUUAAAAUGCUGGGAACCUUAUAAUCAACUUUUAUUCGCGUGCGCGGUAAAUAUUCGUCAUCGCAAACCAUCUAUGUGAUAUUAUUCAUUUCAAAAGAUUUAAAACAUAUAAGACUUCACUCCAAAAAGUUUGCAAUUGCAUAGCAAAAAAAGUUGUAGCAAUAAAAGUUUUCGCCCUCCCCGUUUUCCGUUUUGUCCUGUGUUUAACAAUUUAAGAAAGACAUAACAUAUAGAUCAUAUUUUAAGAUAGGGGGCAAUGACCAUCAACCCCUUUUGUACGAAUUAUGAUUUUGAAAAUUGACGAUGAGAUUUUUUCUUUACUCUUUUUUGUAUUGUCAAUUAUUUUCUGUGUAAGUCCUCUCCUCCAAUUUAUAACACGGUGUUACGUACCUUGUUUUGACAAACAAAUUUUUAUGAUUCAUAAGAACCGCACAUAUGGUUUUUCACAAAAAAGUUUCAAAUUGUUAAAAGUUAUCAUUAAUAAAUAAUGCAUUUAAUAAAUUGCAGAUACUAAUUAUUCAUAUUUUAAAAUAAAUACGCAUAAUACCAGUAAUACAGUUCGUAUGUAAAUGAAAAACGGAAAAAGCACUGUAUAUUCACUUGCAUUAUGUUAUUUCCCUCAGUUUCUUUUGAUGUUAGAUAUACUUUUUUAGAAUUAAAUAACAAAGUUGAAAAGAUUUCUGCGAUAUGAACUUAGUUUGUGAUCAAAUCAACUUAAAAACCGCAUGAUUUGAUUACGCCCCACCAGCGUUAUUAUCAUAGUAAACUUUCUAAGAUAGUAUGUAUUUCUAUGAUUACUUUGUAAAAGACGCGCUAUUUUAUUUAUGCUCAUAACUCACUGUUUAUUUACAUAAUAAACCAUCAGGCGAACUAUUAUAUUGUUAAGUGUCCCUAAAGCACUCAACACAAAAACAAUUGAUGGAAGGAAAAGAAAAUAUUAUUUUUGAUUAGGCUUUAAGGACAAAAAAGGUAGAUAGUGAGGUUUUUUGUGUGCAUAAAUGAGAUUAUGCAAAAAUACCAUGCACGACUAUUAAUUGAGUUCAUGCAUUUUAAGCAUGUAUAUCAACCAGUAAUUAAAAAUGGCCUAACUUGAUUUGUGCUUUGACUUUUGAUUGUUGGAAGUUGUUCAUUUAUAAGAACAAUAUAGUAGAUUUUUAUUGUGUAAUCAGUCAUUUGAAAAAGUAAAAAUGUUUCAGUUCAAUGAGCUGAAGUGUAUUUUGAAAGAGAUAAUGUAUGAACAGGUUAUCUUUGGGAUUUAUCUGUCAAAAUGAAAUUGAUGUAUAUAAUUUUACGGGACAUGAAGUUUUUAGUUAAUUGUACUUGAAUAAAAAUUUUAAAUGUAUGCUUAAAUUUGUGUAAUAGAAGACUGAAAAUAAAGAAUGAGAUAUUAUUGUUGAUGAAAACGUUUUUACAUGUGCACAAAAAUUAUAUUUUUUAGAAUUGUACAAUGAAUUUCCAUAAAUACCUAUACCUUAGGUUGUGAAACAUAAAAAUGUUGAUGCAAUGGGUCAAUAGAUUGUCAUUUUGUAAAAAAUAAAAAUGAGCAAACAUUAUUAUAAUUCAUGAAUAAGCUUAACAUGAAAAUAGAUAGAAUAAUCAGUUUCAUGGAAUGAAAACAUUUCAUGUUUAUUAUAUUUGAAAAUAAAUGUCUUAUUGUUCAUUAAAACUCAUUUUUAAUUA